AUUUCUGAAAACUUUCUAACAAGUGGGACACAUCAGUAUAAUAUUUCUGAGGCGACUGCUUAUCUGCGUGCAAUUGAGCAAGUGAUAGAGACUGAAGGGAGUUCUGUGCAGCCAGUUGAUCUUCUUUGUGUCAUCCGUUUUCUAAUGGAAGUUGCUGAUACUGAGGUCCAGGGAGAUCCAGAUUCUCUUGAAGAACUAAGCCACCACUUUGUUGAAGUCAUUGGAUCUCUUAUUGAUCAGCAUAAUGCAGUCCUGUGGUCAGAAGUUAAUUUG